GAGUUAUCGCAGACAGCAGUCACCAGACGAGAGACACAAAUCAACAGAUGACCACAGCUGCAUUCCACUGAAGGGUGUCACGAAAAUGGCCCUGCAUUUUCCCUUUCAACACCCAAAUGUGUGGGGAAGAGGAAAAAUACAGACGAUAAUAGAAAGAGAACGAGAGAACAGAAGGAAUGGAGAGAUUAAAACCGAGAGCAAAUAGUGGUGCAAGAUUUAUAGACGCUGAGCAAGUGAUAGUGAAUGCUGCCAGGAUUAGAGGCAGGGACAGAGAGAGAGGCAGAGAGAGAGAUGCAGAGAGAGAAUGAGAACGAGAGAAAUAGAAAGAGAGAGAGAGCGAGGGAGAGAGAGAGCGUGAGAGAGAGAGCGACAGAGAGCGACAGAGAGCGAGAGAGAGAGAGAGAGAGAGAGAGAGCGACAGAGACAGAGAGCGACAGAGAGCGACAGAGAGAGAGAGAGAGAGCGACAGAGACAGAGAGCGACAGAGAGCGAGAGAGAGAGAAAUACACCGCUCUGGGGCGUGCCCACAAAAAAUGAGUUCUUUAAGGAAAUGCGUCUGAGGUUGGCAGAGUCACAGAAACAGAGUGGUGGGUAUAACGAGAACCACUUUAUGUGAAGCCUCCUCCUGGAGCACUGAGUCGUUCUGAAGCCAAGGGACCAUAGGCACGCAGAUUAUUGAAAGAACACGGAGAUGACUGGUUGCAGAGUGGGUCUUCAUAAUCCAUGCAGUUGAAUCAAAAUGGAGUCCUUCAGCUCUAAAGACAUGGCCAUGAAGGCCCAAAACAAAAUCCUCAGCCGUAUGGCCAGCAAAUCCAUGGUGCAGAUGUUCAUUGAUGACACCAGCAGCGAAAUCCUGGAUGAGUUCUACCGCGUCUCCAAGAUACACUCUGGGAACCGCACAGAAGCCCAGAAGGUGGUCAAAGACCUGGUCAAGGUGGUGGUAAAGGUGGGCAUUCUCUUUCGGCACGAUCGCUUCAGCAAAGAGGAGCUCAGCCUGGCACAGGACUUCAAGAAGAAGCUGCACCAGGGGGUCAUGACGGCAAUCAGCUUCCAGGAGGUGGAGUUCACAUUUGAUAAGGCUGUCAUGACAGAUCUUCUGACGGAUUGUAGGGACAUCCUGCUGAAGCUCGUAGAGAAACACCUGACUCCCAAAUCCCUCGGUCGCAUUCGGCAUGUCUUCAACCACUACUCUGACCAAGACCUACUGACCAACCUCUACACCCCCGAUGGCCCUCUCUGGCCUAAUCUCACCAAGAUCUGCAGAGACCUGAACAAACUGGUUGAGGAAGGCAAGCUAUGAGUGGGAAUUCCAAACAGUCCUGGAAAAAUGAGAAACUUUUGCAAGCCUAUUAAGGAAUUCUGAAUUCAGUUUGCCCAAUGAAAAUACCAGGCGAUAUCAUUUUGAUAGCUUAAUGGGGACACUGAUUCAGUGUCAGUUGAUGAUGUAGAUAUUGAUUUAUGUUGGGAUCUUUAUGAGGACAUGGAAUCAUGAUCCUUGCUGUACAACAUAAGACAUCUGCAUUAGGACUGGGCGAUACACUGUGUAUUUGUCAUUAUCACAGUAUGAAUGUGCAUGAUAUGCAUAGUCACAUUUCAGUAUCUCACAUUAUUUCCUCUACCUCUGCCUAGAUGCAUUUCAGUCCAAUGCUGUUGGAGCUAAGUAAAGUCCAUUCAAAUAUGAUAUACGGGCAAAAAAGCUUACAUUUUACCAAAAUCACCUAUGAAAUCCUCCAAAGAGAUAAAUAUAUAUAUAACCUGCUCUGUAUAUAAUAUGCUUCUUUGUCAGGACUCCCUGCUUCCAGCAUGAUAAGAAUCUGUGGUCUACUUUCAAUUGAUUUGUCCUCCUGUUCUAAGAUAUUCAGUUUCCGGGGAAACUAAUGGACUUUAAUAGGACAACAGUCUGCCUGUUCAGUCACAGCAGUUGCUAACCUCAUUUAAGUACUAUUCAAAUUAAAAGUGGCUAUCUAGGACCAACAGACAACCACCUCAAUUAGUGUCUGGUCCACAUCUAAGCAUGCAGCCUUAGUAUCUGUCUGAUCACUGACUGUUCUGCUUGUUACAAAGAGUUUCUGAGACCAGCUAAUGGCAUUUCAUUUCUAAUACAUGUCUGAAUUAAAGUCCUGCUGUACAGUCUUUGCAAUGAAUGUGAUGAUUGGAUGGUCUUUAUAUAUUUCUUUAAGUUUUCAAUCAAUCAGUGAUAAUUCCACAACAUUAAUAUUCCCCUGAGCUUUCUGGAAACACUGCAGAUGGACCAUUUAAAAAUAAAAGGUUUUGAAGUCAAUAAAACUGAAGUCAGCUUAAAGAUUGCAGAUAGAUUGUAUCUUCCAUCAAUGUAAUUGUUUGCAUCGUUUCCAAUCCCCCAUAUAUUUUUGGGUAAAUAUACAUUUAUAUACAUCAGCUCGGGGGCGGCAGGUAACCUAGUGGUUAGAGCGUUGGGUAAGUAACUGAAACGUUGCUGGAUUGAAUCCUCGAGCUCACAAGGUAAAAAUCUGUCUUUCAACCCAUGAACAAGCCAGUUAACACACUGUUUCCCGGUAGGCUGUCAUUGUAAAUAAGAAUUUGUUCUUAACUGACUUAACUAGUUAAAUAAAAAAAAUAUACAUGCAUAUAUUUUAAAAAUAUAUUUCCUUAAUUACUAUAUUUCCACCCCUCCCCUAAUUGGAGUAAACUAGUGAACAACAACACUUAGGCCUCUACUUCCAGGUUAUACCUACUAUAUACUACUUUACAAUAGUUAUAUUUUGUUUGAUUUUAGUCCUGUCCUUCCUCAACCUCUCUCAUCUAUUUCUGAUGUCCAUCCAUUUUGAUUUCUAUUUGCCAUAUAUUUUUAACGGUGCUGUUUCACAGACGGACCAUUUUAGGAGAUAAGUUCAGAACCAGAAAAAGCUUUGCUAUUGACUACAAAGAUUCUAUUUGCUAUUUUAUGAGUGUGUUAAGAUCGCAUGAUGGGGUUGGGGGGAUAUCAGUGCAAGAGUAUGUGUAAACAACAUCUUAUAAACAAGUGUGUAGUAUUUCAGCAGUAGCACUUAGUGGAUGUUGUGCAAUGGGAGAAGAAUGAGGCAAUAAUUGGCCAUGAACCAUAACACUUUCCACAGGAGAAAUAGAAUCACAAAGCAAGUAAACUCUAAUGGUGUUCCCUACCCCUUUGCAAGCUAUAUGUCUCCUGUAACUGUCUUAGAUGUACACCAUUUGAAAGUGAACAUGUCAAAUUAAAGGACUUACGGGCCAUAAUACAGUAUAUCUAUCAAUCUU